GAGUGUGCGAGGCGCAGUUAUCAUCGCAGACUUCCCCAUCACUCACAGUCCCAGCGGUUCGGCAGGAAGACAGCUGUUAAUAACCUAACAAGCAUGUCUGGAACAUUAUAAGGUCAUUAGUCUACUAAACCCCAUAUGGAUUUACGCACUUCUUUUCUGAGAUUCAAACGCUGACGGUGCUUUUCGCUUUUUCUUUUCCCUCCUCUUUCAUUCAUCUCGUCGGUGAUGUGUGACGAAGAGAUUCGUGAAAUAAUGGGCAUAUUCGGUUUGUGAACUCUCCAUUCUGCUCUCCGUGUGACGGACAGGCGACUAUUGAGCUGGAGUGAGUAGAAAGUAAUCUCAUUUAAAACAAACAUCCGUCUUCAGGACUCCUGCCACCUUCUGAAGCAAGGAGAAUUCCCUCGCUUUCAUAAACGGAGGAUCUGAACAGUGAUUUAGGAAGCGAGUGAAGACAGAGGAGGACAAAGGGAGACAUGGCCGGCUCACAGGGAAGAGAGUGAACGGAAAACACAAGACAGAAAGAUGAAGCUGUGGGGGCAGUCAGUGUGGCCGUUGCAGGUUGUACUCUUGGUCACCUUGGUAAUGUGCUCGUGCCAGUCGGUUUCUGCGGGUACACGGAGUCUGCGGGGACACACAGCUUCGUACCAGGUGAAACAGGGAACCUGUGAGGUGGUGGCCAUCCACCGGUGCUGCAAUAAGAACAAGAUAGAGGAACGUUCACAAACCGUCAAGUGCUCCUGCUUCCCUGGUCAGGUGGCCGGUACGACACGUGCACAGCCUUCUUGUGUGGAGGCUUCCAUCGUGCUGCAGAAGUGGUGGUGCCAAAUGCACCCGUGUUUGGAUGGCGAGGAGUGUAAAGUUCUUCCAGAUCUUACCGGUUGGUCCUGCAGCACCGGAAACAAAGUCAAAACCACCAAGGUCACUCGAUAGCAAGAACCAUGGCCGCUGUACCAAGAGGCUCAAGACUCCUUACCAACCCCUAAUGGAAAAGAAGACCCUCUUGUUUAAGACACUGACAUUCCAGUAGAUUCCACACAUGUGAAAGAUGGACAAACUCACUGCAGACUAUCGAUGGCUACCUUGCUUCGACAGAAAAUAUGAGGAUGGACAAGGAUCUCUGUAUAAACCUGAGGUUCGACUGAAGAUGCUGGACACACAGGUGCUCCUGUGAGAGACUGCUUUUGUCAGCUGAAAGUGACUUUUUGGAUCUCCACCGGCUCUCUUGUGUGUAUGUGUGUGCAUGUGUGAGAAGGAUAGUAGGGACUUGUAGGACAAACCGUGGACAGUUCAGGCCUGUCUUGGAGCAUGUGUGUCUGUUUGUAAGUGUACGUUAGUCAGGUUGAUGAUAAUGAGACAGUAGUUGAACACUGUUUAUCCGCUUUCCAGCACACAGCAAACUUGAUAUUCAUGUGUAGGGUGGGGAUUGCUCUGAAUGUGCGAUUCACAAGUUAUCAAUUUGCUCUUUUGGGUCAAAUGUUUCCUUUAAGUCAAUUUACACUUCUAAUUAGGGUUGCUGAAUAGGAUCAUAACAACAAAUAAAAAAAUUAAUGGGCGACUUUUCUGCACUAGAUAAGAUCAUAUGGAGACGUUUUCCAUUUCCGAUACCGUUUUCUAUUCUGUGGCUGUAUAAGAUGGAAUUCAAGAAAGAACCAUUUAUUAAGCUUCCUUUCACAAAUGUGCAAAGUAGGAAUGCAAGUGAUGUAGUCAUCAGUAAAACAAUGCAGUAAAAUACAGCUCCUCCUUGCUGUAUAAUGUUAUGUAAUGUGAGCUUUAAAGAUGCAAUCCCCUUCAAAAAAACUUUUAAAACUGACAGCUGGCUAAAGACAUCUAUGUGACUCUGUAAAAAGAUACACAAACCACUUAAAAGUGCACUAAGUAAAUUGUUUUACUAUAUUUAAAACCUAAAUAAAAGAUUACUGUAAAAUAAAAGCUGUUUUAUUCAACAGAUCGCACAUCCUGCCAUGAUGCUUUGAUCACAUGACUUGCCAAAAUUCAAUUCAUUGGCAACCCUUAUAACCAGACACUGUUGAUUUCAGGAUAAAAUAAUAAGAGGGUGCCAAAUGCUACAUACAUUGCAUGACAUGCAAGAAAAAAUAAAUAAAUUGUGCACACGAUUUACUAAUUUGUUCCCACUAUGUACUGAAACGUGCACACAAUUACUCUUUCAUUCCCUUGAUUUUCUAAAUUGUGCGCACAAUUUACUUAUUUGAUUUAGCCUACUAUUUUUUUUUUCCUGCAUGCCAUGUGCGGGGCUCCAUAAAAUGCAUCUGCAUAAAAAACUAAAAAAACUUUCGCAGGACAUCCGUGCCACUAGGUAUCAGUAUAAAAUUCAAGUGAUCUGUAAGUGUAACAUAUCCAGAAAGUUACUUGAUGCACUUUUAAACAAGGAAAUACAGUAUCUUGUUUUUACCAUUCUGCUUUCUGGUUUAACUGUGAAGCUCUCAAAAGUACUCUGUGAAGUUCUGAAAACAGGUUAGCAAUGUGCCGACUGAGAUAAUGAACAUGUUUAAGGAUAAGCUCCAAUGUGAAGAGGCAUAACCCAUGCCCAAUACU